AUGAAUGAUUCUGUCCAAGCUCUCACAAAAGAUCGAAGAAGGUUGGGCAGAACUUUAUUUUCAAGGACUGCACUUCUCGGCGAGGAAGCGGUAGUCUACUGCGAAAGUCCCGAAUCUCACUAUGUGGCAGCUGGUGUGAAAAUUCAAACUCAGAUUGAGCCUCGGUUCUUUGUUGGUAUGAAUCGUGUGCUGACCAAUAUGAAAAAGGCUUUGAUAAUAAUGAGUCCGACCAUUCCAGACGGCUUGAAUACGGCAAGUCACAGAAGUGCGGACUCGGUGCUUAUUUCGAUGUCGACAUCAACGACAAUGUUCGUUGAACGAAAGAUGAAUGAACUGAAGGCAAAAAACAAUGAAGAGGUGUACCAAUCUGAAUGUCUGGCUGAAGCCGGACAUCAGACUUUCUGCGAUUUUAGCUUUGCUCCCCUUCGCUGA